AUGGUGGGAACCUUUGUUUUUUGGUGGUGUCGUUCAGGAUGAGAAAAACUGAAACACCAGUAACACAGCACUGGGGUCAUGUGUGUGCACUGUGAACGUGAAUAGGUGACAUGUCUAGUUUUUCCAGAUCUGCCCAGCAAUGGGCAACAUUUGCAAGGUCCUGGUUCUUGAUAGAUGCUCGAAUGCAGCCUCCAGGGAAAAUCGCUGUCAUGUGCGCUGUGCGUCUUCAGGGGAAACACAAGCCAAUUUAUCAUGCAUUAAGUGAUAUUGGUGAUCAUGUGGUGGUCAUGAACACCAGACACAUAGCCUUCUCGGGGAAUAAAUGGGAACAGAAGGUUUACUCGUCACACUCUGGGUACCCAGGUGGCUUUAAGCAACUCACAGCAGCCCAGAUGCACCAAAAAGACCCCACGGCUAUCAUAAAACUAGCAGUGUAUGGGAUGCUCCCAAAAAACCUCAAGCGGAGGACCAUGAUGCAACGGCUGCAUCUGUUCACCGAUGAUGUUCUUCCAGAUGACAUCUUGGGGAACCUAACUGAAGAGCUACCACAGCCACGGGCUAUUCCACACAAACUCAGCGAUUACACACAAGCAGAGCGUGACGCUUUUCCUCUUCUCUGGAACCCGCCUCAGGACUACAGAAUGAAGUGAUCUCAUCACACCACAGACUGGACAUAUUCAGUAUCCUUCUAAAUGUUUGCUUUUUUUCAAAUUUGUUGUCUGUAAUGAAAUAAAGUAUCUUUAAAAUA